CUUCAAUGCGGAUGUAUCUCUUAUUAGAUCCUGUCUACCUGGCUUGGCUGUUGUGUCGCUGAUUAAGAAUCAACUGGGAUAUCUCUUUGAAUUCCGUGCAAUCCGCAUCUGCGUCCCCGAUUCCAUUACUUCGUUAUCUAUCUUCUUCCCCUCUCCUCCCCUCCCCUCCCUCCCCUCUCUCUCCAGCAGCAUGGACUCCCCCGCUAUCCCCGCCCCGCUGGACCCGAAAGAGCAGCCAAUCCUUGAGCGUCUGUUGCGCACUCGCGAUGCUCUCAUCUUGCUUAAACAAGACAAGUCUUCAUAUAUCAAAUCUCGCGAUGUUCUUCCUCUCUAUGAAGAGGUGGUUGCCGAGGUAGAAAAGCUCAAUGCCGCGCGCAAGGAACAGGAUCGCCGGCGGGCACAUAAUCGACUGGACUAUGUUCUUGACGAUUGCUUCCAACUCAUUUCGCUGCUAUUCCUGACCGUUGGUCGCAACAAUGAAGCUCCUGCUGUGUACUCUCUUGCGACGACUGUUCAGCGUCUACUCGACCACCUGGAAGAGGCCGGCUUCUACAGUUCCAAAGACCUGAUCUCCAUCACCAAGACCCUUGCGAACAUGAACGAUACCCUCGAGCGAUGCCGCCAAGCUUACUCCCCUGCCCUUAUCACCCUGCUCGAGAGUCGUCUGGAGAAAUGUCAGCUGUUGUUGGAGAAAUUGCAGAGUGGUCUGGCUAAGCUGGGUCCGGAACUGGCGGCUACACAUGAGACGCUCGUGUCUAUAUUGCGAUCGACAUCGGCCGUGAACACCCGCUCUAAGUUUUCAUCCUCCGAGGUCACCGCGCUUCGGACCCAACUGAAGAAGAUUGAGGAGGGCAUGAAGGACGGACAAUUCGUGGAUGCUGAAGGGGUGCCGCUUUCCGGUGCUCAGGAAGACGUCAAGCUGCUGAUGGAAAGGUGUUGGCUCUGGACGGAGAUUGUGCUGGAGCGACAAGGAAAGAUCGACGAAAGGUUCAAGGAACAGUACGACAAAUUGAUCGAGAUCCGCAACCAGCUAGACCGCCUGGCUGUGACACAGGCAUGGUCGCUUCGCGAGACGGACUUGUUUGGCUACCAGCGCAAGCUCGACCGGAUUGAUGAGGCACGGGUGAACGGCAACUUUGUGGAUGCGGAAGGCAACACAGCAGACAUUCAUGCGCAGAGGACAUUACUGUACCUGAUCCGGCGUAGUUACGGGUACAUCUAUGCGCUGCUGAUCUCCUCGGAGCCGGUGUCGGAGGCGCUGUUGCCAGUGUACAACCAGCUACAGACGCUGCGCAAAUGCCUACUGGAGGUGCAGGAGUCAGGGGGCGUAUCGAACUCGCGCGAGCUCUAUCCGUACAGCAUGAAGCUCAACUCGAUUGACAACAUGCGCGUGGACGGCAAGUUCUACGUGGGCACCGACAUCCCCGAAGGCCAGGGCAGCGUGAACGCGUUGCUGGCGGAAUGCUACGACAUUGUAUGGGAAUUGCGGGCUGCAGUGGACGAAGACGAGCGGACGGCGUAGAUGGGAAGGAUGUCUUAAUAUGUACUAAUGCGGACGGGAGGAUAUCUUGCUGGCUUUGGAGGCGUUAGGGAGUUGGACCGUCGUAGUGAAUGAAUGGUUGAUUGAUUGAAC